GCAGAGUAGAGUAGAGUAGAGUAGAGUAGAGCAGAGCAGAGCAGAGCAGAGCACUCCUCAGUGUGUACAGUUAUUUUCUUUUAAUGUUUUGUCAAGACAAGCAAGUUGAAAAGGGCCUUUGCCUUAAUCAAUAAAUGUUUUUGUAGAUGAAGACCUAGACUUUAACUUUGAAUAGCGACCUGAAUGGAAACUUCAUAGUGGAAGGAAUGAGACUGGCUUCUUGCAAAGAUAGAACAUGUACCUGUGGCGCUUCUCUAUCGCCAUCAUUCUUGGGCUUGUAUGGUAUUUAUUUGACUGCGGACAAGUAGCGGCUCAAAUUGUUUUAUGUUUACUAUUUUGGCCAUCAACCCCACAUUUUUUCAUAAAGGCCGGACGGGAAAGUGGCACUCAGACAGACGAUGUGGCUGAAGAAGAAUUAUUCCAGGAAACCACCGAACAUUUCGGUUGUGAUGUAACUGAUACAACAAGCACUAAAGCUGAAACAUCACAGGAGACACAGUUUCCCAGUGUGAAGAGGUCUCUUCAGCAAGUGUUUGAGUGUGCCUACGACCAGCUAGUCCUCCCCUGGUACUGCGUCCCUAAGCCCCGUGACAGUCAGCUCCUGCACCAGGUACUGUCGAGGGAGUUUGACAAAGUCAUCGAUCUAGUCAUCAGCAGAGGCAAAGACUUUGAUGUCUGUGCUGCAAGUGUGGGCUGCAUUCGCAUCCUGACCCAGCACCUCCAUAAUGCCAAACAGUCUGAUAGAAAACCAUUGUUCUGCUCUAGAGGAGAGGAGGUUGAAGUUCUCAGAGUGUUCUCUGAAGCACUGGUGCGAAACCUUUUUCCUCAGUCCCUAUGGGGACUGACAGUCAGCCACUGUGCCUUAAAUGAGAUAGUUGCCUUAAAAGUACUGGACCUGCUGGUGCGGUGGCUCUCAGACCCUGACAACCUCAACCAGCUGGUGGUGAGUCAGCUGGAUGGAGUGACCCCCGAGAGCUCUGUGGAAGAGUUGUGUGAGUCCUGUUCUGACAGGACCUCUCCAGCCACCCUGGAGAGCCAGGCCAAUGGAGCAACGCAGGAAGAAACAGAGGAUGCUCAAACUAGUGACAGCAAGUGCAAAAAGAAAGCCAACAAAGUGAAGGAAGGCUGGUCUAAAUUCCUUGACAAGAUGAGAUUGAAGAAAGCUAAAAGGGAGGUUAAGAAAAGGGAGCAGGCGCUGGUUAUCAGGGCCAUGACUAUCCGGGGUCCACCAUCAAACGGAAAUGAAGGGGCUAGCCGGGAGGGCUCCAUCCAUAGCCAGCAGGACUCUGACAUUGAGGACAGUGAUCUGGAGAGCUACUUGAACAGUGUACAAGAGGAUAUGAUGGAAUUCAAGUUGUCGUAUGAGAUGUGGCGGCUUGGCCACUGGGCUGUCAGCGUCCCUUGUGUGGAGAGGGAAAACGAGGAACUGUGUUUUACAGUUCACCUGGAGGAGAGGGACAACCCUGAGAACCUUCACUGGAAUGUGAGGAAGACCCAAACAGACAUCAUCCACUUCUGCAACCUAUGGCAGGACUCUAAUUUACCCUCCCUAUCCGUGUUAGAGGAGAGCACUGAGAUUAACAUCGAUGAGGAUUUUAAAGAAGCCAGAACAUCCCUCAAGCUCUUCUUACAGGAGCUGGUGUCGGAUGCUCUGAUGGGCCACACUCAGCCAGUGUUUCAGUUCCUGUGUCCUCUGGACAAGCUGCUGAGUGAAGAGGAGCAUGUGGGGGAAGUGUGGGGCCUCUUCAGUGGCCUGGCCUACUUCCUGACUCCGGGCCAAGAGGAAGAUGAGGACAAGCAUAACAGCCUUGGAAGAGGGACCAAACCAGAUGAUUCCACCCCAACGGAGGCUGCAGACCCAACUGCAAUUGAGAACCUGGAUGGCGAUACAAGGGAUAGCCCGGUCCGGGGCCCUUCUAUCAUCAUCUCCCAAUGUGAUGAGGAUUCUCCUUCAGAACCCAGUUCCAUUGAGUGCUGCAGAGAUGACGAGACCGAACCAGUAGAGAAAUCUUACGUUUUGGUUAAUGCAGAUAAAACCGAGGACAAAACCAAGGAAUCAGAGAACACCAUAACUUCUCAACUAAAGAUGGUAAUCAAAGGGCUAUCUAGAUCUAAAUCAGAGGAGUGUCUGGCCCAAACGAAAUCAGACACCCCUGAAGACCUGACUGACUCUUUCUGUAGACUGCGACAUUCCAGUCAUAAUGGAGGCUCGCAAUUUGACCUCACUGACAGUCCAUCGCAUCUUCUCGGUGGAAAGUCAAAUAAAAGUGAGAAACUCACUUUCAAAAUGUCAGGAGGGAUCCACAGGAGUAAAGGAAAUGACAUGGGGAGUCAGUCAAAAUUAGAAGACUCACCGUGUUUGAAAAAGGACCAAUCCAGCUGGGAGCAAAUGGAAGCAACCAAAGCCAUUUUUGAUUUGUUGAAAGCAAUAUCUGGCAAUUCCAUCCUCCUGAACAUAUUUGAUGCGAUUCUGAAACCCGUCAUGCCGAUAUUGAAAAAGAAAGUGAACAGCUUCUUGAAUAAGAUGAACCCAACGGAAGCCCAGAUUGCCUCCUAUAUCGACAACCUGCGUGAGAAACAGUGGCCCAAGGGCUUGCCGGAGGUGACUUGCCCCAUACCCCAUCGCAGCAGUGAGGAGAAGAAUGAGACCAAAGACAGAGCUCACCACCUCAUCAAUGCCAGAUAUUCAAACUAUUUAAUCUUGAAGAAGACAGAUAUGGAGACAGCGUUUAAGCUCUUCCAGGACUAUGAAGAAAACAAGAAGCUGGUAUAUAUGCUGCUUUCAUUCCUGUUGAGAGAGCUUCUGCCAGGUGAGGAUGCCCUUAAUGUGAGUGCCAUAACCCUGCAGAAAGUGAACGUCAACUAACUCAUUUUUACAGUGGCUUGCAAAAGUAUUCACCUCCCCUUGGCAUUUUUCCUAUUUUGUUGCCUUACAACCUGGA